UUCUUUCUUUGUUUCUUUUCCAUGUCUGAAGUCAGCCCAUAGCCAUUAGCCUCUAGCCAUUAGCCAGCAGUACCAAAAGAAAUUUUCCCCACUUUUCUUUUCGCCUUUACCUCUUCAACCAAAGCCCUCCUUGGAUGAAGAAAUGACUCAACUUCUCUAAAACGGCACCCCCUCUCCUUGUCGAAACGACACCGCCCACGUUUCGUCGUCACCGACGGCAUGCACCUCUUCUUCAUCUUCCCUUUUCCUCCUUCACACCCCAUAGAAAAGAAGAAAAAAGACCGUUGACUUUUCUUCUCCUGGCCUAACUCGAAGACCCCAAUUUGUCAAAUUUAAACGAAAAAAAAAGGUCUGAAAAAUGGAGCAAGGGGUUCUUGAUGAUAUUAUAAAUCGGCUUUUGGAAGUUCGGGGUCGACCGGGGAAACAAGUGCAGCUAUCGGAAUCGGAGAUCCGACAACUUUGUGUGGUGUCUAAAGAUAUUUUCUUACAACAACCUAAUCUGUUGGAACUUGAAGCACCCAUCAAGAUAUGUGGUGAUAUCCAUGGUCAAUAUUCUGAUCUUUUAAGGCUCUUUGAGUACGGUGGAUUGCCUCCGAAUGCCAACUACUUAUUUUUGGGGGAUUAUGUUGAUCGAGGCAAGCAAAGUCUGGAGACAAUAUGUCUUCUUCUUGCUUACAAGAUAAAAUACCCUGAAAAUUUUUUCCUCUUGAGGGGUAACCAUGAAUGUGCUUCCAUAAACCGCAUAUAUGGUUUCUAUGAUGAGUGUAAGAGAAGAUUUAAUGUUAGGCUAUGGAAGACGUUCACAGAAUGUUUUAACUGCCUACCAGUGGCAGCGCUAAUUGAUGAGAAGAUUCUGUGCAUGCAUGGAGGCCUUUCUCCUGAUCUGCAUAAUUUGGACCAAAUUAGAAGUUUACAGCGCCCAACUGAUGUACCGGACACUGGUUUGCUCUGUGAUCUUCUCUGGUCUGAUCCCAGUAAAGAUGUUCAAGGUUGGGGAAUGAACGACCGGGGAGUUUCAUAUACUUUUGGUCCUGACAAGGUGUCAGAGUUUCUACAGAAACAUGACCUAGAUCUCAUUUGCCGUGCCCACCAGGUUGUGGAGGAUGGAUAUGAGUUCUUUGCCAACCGACAACUUGUAACUAUAUUUUCAGCACCUAACUAUUGUGGGGAGUUUGAUAAUGCUGGAGCCAUGAUGAGUGUGGACGAGACUUUGAUGUGCUCCUUUCAAAUAUUGAAGCCUGCAGAUAAGAAGUCAAAGUUUAACUUCGGGAGCACAACUACAGCCAAGCCUGGGAACCCUUCAACAGGAGUCUUUGGGAGCACUACCACAGCAAAGCCUGGAAACUCUCCAGCAGGAAUCAAGUCAUUUCUUGGUACAAAGGUAUGAGAGCAGCAUUUCGAGGGUAGAAUCGAGAGCCCUGUUACGUUAUGAACACAACAGAAUUGCAGUAAAGAAAUCUUGAAGUCCUUUUGAUAUCAAUAUGAUAUGCUCAAAUUGUAAAAAAAUUGGAAGAGAAAAAUCAUUAGAAACUCUGAUGCAAAAGAUUGUUUCUCUGAUAUAAAUUUGGGUUUGAAGAUAAGAAGGCUGUAAUUUCCUUCUCUUCCUCCUUGUACACUAAUAGCUGCUACAAUUGCUGCUAUAAGUUAUUAGCGUGUUGAGGUUAAGGUUUUACUCAUUCUGCUCUGAGACCAUGAAGUGUGUCAGAACAGUUAUGGCGUACUCUUGGUGAUUCAGGACAGCAAAAUUGAUUUGGUACAAAUCUCAUGCUUCAUUCUCUGAAAA